UCUGGUACGGAGUUCGGAGGUGACUUCAGUGUUCGCGUUUGGAGCAGAGCAGACAGACCAGGGGGACAUUCUGGACCGGUGAACAGAAGCAGUUUUAUUUUAUAAAGAAAAGCUGCAGCCAUGGAUUCAUUCAAGCAGCAGAAUGUGGAGGAUUUCUAUGAGAUUGGAGAAGAACUGGGCAGCGGCCAAUUUGCCAUCGUGAAGCAAUGCAGAGAGAGAAGCUCGGGUCUGGACUACGCCGCCAAGUUCAUCAAGAAGCGGCAGAGCUUGGCGAGCUCCCGGGGCGUCCGGCGGGACGACAUCGAGCGGGAGGUGACCAUCCUGCAGCAGGUCCAGCACCCUAACAUCGUCACUCUGCACGACGUCUACGAGAAUCGCACCGACGUGGUGCUCAUCCUGGAGCUGGUCUCUGGCGGUGAGCUCUUUGACUUCCUGGCCCAGAAGGAGUCUCUGAUUGAGGAGGAGGCCACUCAGUUCAUCCAGCAGAUCCUGGAAGGAGUGAACUACCUCCACACCAGGAAGAUCGCCCACUUUGACCUGAAGCCAGAGAACAUAAUGCUCCUGGAUAAGAACGUGGCGCUGCCCAGGAUCAAGAUCAUUGACUUCGGCCUCGCCCACACCAUCGAAGCCGGCGUCGAGUUCAAGAACAUCUUGGGAACGCCGGAGUUCGUAGCUCCAGAGAUCGUGAACUACGAGCCGCUGGGGCUGGAGGCGGACAUGUGGAGCGUCGGAGUGAUCACCUACAUCCUGCUGAGCGGGGCGUCUCCGUUCCUGGGGGAGACCAAGCAGGACACGCUGGGGAACAUCUCCGCUGUCAACUACGAGUUCGACGAGGAGUUCUUCGGUCACACCAGCGACCUGGCCAAGAAGUUCAUCAGCCAGCUGCUGGAGAAAGACAAGAGGAAGAGGUUAACAAUUCAGGAUGCUCUCAACCACCCGUGGAUUAAGUCCAACGAGCUCAAAGAGGAGAAUAAAACCCAAGAGCCAAAGAAAUGGGAACGCCGCCAGCUGAAGACUAAACGUCUGAGGGAAUACACCAUCAAGUGCCACUCCAGCAUGCCGCCCAACAACACCUACGUGAACUUUGAGCGCUUUGCUCAGGUGGUGGAGGACAUCGACCAGAUGGAGGGCUCCUUUUUCAGCCUGGCGGCGGCCCACGACUCCCUGCAAGAGGACAUCGACGCCUUGGUCUCCAUUUACAACGAGAAGGAGGCCUGGUACAAGGAGGAGAGCGAGGCCGUGCGGCACGAGCUCUCCCAAAUCCGCUACGAGUUCCGGAAGGUGGAGGCCUCCAAGAGGAGCCUGCAGGACGACAUGCAGGCCUUCAGCUGCGGCCUGGCCGCCGUCACUGAGCGCUUCCGGGAGAGGCAGGGCCACUUCGACGCCCUGCAGCUGGAGCUCAGCAACGAGCUGAAGUGGGUGCAGGAGGCGGUGGGCUCCCUCCCAGCAGAUGGAGGAGGUGGAGGCUAUCCCAACUGCAGCUUCACCACCGUUUUCAACAACGACGUGAACGAAGCUCUCAAGGAGCUGCUCAGCCGCUCCUGCGGAGGAGAACUGCUGUCCGGAAUCAACCUGGACCUCACCGAGACCGGGCAGCAGCGCUAAAAACACAGAUCUGGGUCCGGGAGGAGGUUGGGUCCAGAGCCCUUCCUUCUUUCUUUUCUUCCUCCUCAUUAUUUUUUACUGUAUAAUGGACUCAGCAGAUCCAGAACUGUGUGAAGUUGGUUCUGAUUUUGGGUGGAACCUUCAGUUGAACAUGUAGGACCUCUGUUGAUGAGACGCACUUCGGCCUAAUGCUGAGGUUGCGACAUCAUCACACUCUUACCCCUCUUUAGCACUCCGGUCCAUCACUGCAGCAUUUCUGAUCCUGCCUCGCCUCUACUUUCACUAAUGACCCGCUGGGCCUUCCUCAGAACCUCUGGGAAUCAGAACCACAGAUCCAAACAGGAUAGCAGACUGUUGGCCAGGCUCAUUCCCAGAGAUGCAGCAGGAAAUGCAAGGGUCUAGUUAAAGUUUUCAGCAGAAGGAGAACUUUGUGGUUUCCAUCAGUUAUUGCAGGAAAAACAUGUUCAAAUGUCAAUAGGAGCUUCUGACUCCUUUAAAGAAUAGGGAGAGUAUUUGUUAGCUAACGCUAACGCUAACAAAUACUCCGUCAGAUAACGCUAAUAAUCAGUUUGUUAGCUAACGCUAAUAAUCAGUUUGUUAUCUAAUGCUAAUAAUCAGUUUGUUAUCUAAUGCUAAUAAUCAGUUUGUUAGCUAACACUGAUAAUCAGUUUGUUAGCUAACGCUAAUAAUCAGUUUGUUAGCUAACGCUAAUAAUCAGUUUGUUAUCUAACACUAAUAAUCAGUUUGUUAGCUAACGCUGAUAAUCAGUUUGUUAGCUAACACUAAUAAUCAGUUUGUUAGCUAACACUGAUAAUCAGUUUGUUAGCUAACACUAAUAAUCAGUUUGUUAGCUAACGCUAAUAAUCAGUUUGUUAGCUAACACUAAUAAUCAGUUUGUUAGCUAACACUGAUAAUCAGUUUGUUAGCUAACGCUAAUAAUCAGUUUGUUAUCUAAUGCUAAUAAUCAGUUUGUUAUCUAACACUAAUAAUCAGUUUGUUAGCUAACACUAAUAAUCAGUUUGUUAGCUAACGCUGAUAAUCAGUUUGUUAGCUAACACUAAUAAUCAGUUUGUUAGCUAACACUAAUAAUCAGUUUGUUAGCUAACGCUAAUAAUCAGUUUGUUAUCUAAUGCUAAUAAUCAGUUUGUUAGCUAACACUGAUAAUCAGUUUGUUAGCUAACGCUAAUAAUCAGUUUGUUAGCUAACACUAAUAAUCAGUUUGUUAGCUAACGCUGA